AUGGGUCUCGAUUGCAUCUACCGGCCUCCUCUGACUAGCUUAGAAACAGAUUCUUCCGUCCUUGCGCGUCUCUCCCAUCUCGAAGCACGCGUUCAAGCCAUCGAUCAUGGUCGUUCAGAAGCGCUUUCUUUUGGCACUCCCGCGACCGCUCCCGAGGGCUCCGUCAUCUUGGCAUGGCCCAAGGUUCCUGAGUUUCACCAUGCGGCCGCCCAUAAACUCUUCCAUUACUGGUCCAAAUUGCGAAUCAACUUGACCAUCCCAGACAUUGAGCCGCUGAAAUUCCUGAAGCAAGUGGAUGAGGCCGACGAUUUUCUCUUUUCGUCCCAUUUUGCCACGCCCGUCUCUGGAGACAUGCCCCUCGCAGAAGCCAUCCGGGCCAUCGAGUCCCUCUUUGAAAACAUCCUCCGUCUGCCAUUUGUCUUGAGGCAUCUCUUGACCUAUGGAGGGUUAUCCAAGGACAUCUGCUUGGGCUUCUUCAAACAAUACCGGCCCUCCUCGCCGCAAGCCUACCAAGUUCGGCUUGAAUUCAAGAAUCAGUCGGCCGAAGAGCUUCUUCUCCAAACUGUGGCCUUUAAGCACGUCGCAUCUACCACCUCGGAACCAUAUUUGAGUCAGAAAGCCGAUUUAUGUUUCAGGCGUGCUCUUGAGCGGAUGUGGAUGAUGCAAACCCAACAAAGCCCUCAGGCUCUGCCCUUCAAAUUUCUCUUUGUGAUCAUCCUGCUCUAUCUCUACGGCCGUCCGUUUCACGCUCUGGGUCUUCUCCAAAGCCUCGAAUCGCUAAUUCAUAAUGCGUCCCCGAAAUCUCAAGAAGAUCUUGCUUUCAAGUCUCGAUAUGAAGCUUGUCUCCACCAAUAUUUCAUCCUGGAAAGCGACAUUCUGACUGAAAUUGACGGCAUUCCUUCACAGCGUCUACAUAAUAUCGGAGUUUCAUUGGCCAAUGACACCGUUACCACUCCUCCCAACCUUUUCGGCCACGAUUUUAGUGCUCCGCCCGGAGAGAGUCAUCCUUCUUGGGAGCUUCAGGCCCACUUGCGCUUGCGAGGCUAUUUGAACAGCGUCCUCGACAACCUCUACACGGCCAAUCGAGCCUACUGCCGUCCAGAUGAUGUUGCAGAGCCUCUGACGGACAUUGCUCGUCGUCUAGAUUUGUGGUAUUGGUCGCUUCCCUUGGACAUGAGAUUUCCCCGGCAUCCAUCUGCAUUCCUGUUUGCCGCGAACCGCAUGUCGGCACCAAUGGAUGAAGUGAUGUUUCGAUAUUACGCCGCCGUGUUCUUGAUGAAUCGUCCGAUUUUAUAUUCGGUGCUCUAUGAGACCCUCGAACAUGCGGCCAGAUCGCCCGAAAGUGAAGCAUCCAAACAGGAUCCGUGGACGUAUGAAUCGUGUUACAACUGCGUGCAAAAUGCCAUCAUGAUCAUCCUACUUCAUACGACGAGACAUCACACCAAUCCCCACGAUUAUUUCGAGAACUGGUGUAACCUUCAACAUUUGAUUGCCGCGCAUGCGAUUAUUGUUCAGGUUCGGAAUUCGCCCACCAUGUCCAUACUGCUUCGAGACAGUGGCGAUCCUAGUCAGCUGUUGGACGCCGCUGAAAAUGUUCUGGAACGAUGUUUGAAUCGGCCUGCCACCAUUCGAGAAACUUUGGGCUUGCUCAGAAAUAUUCGGCAAAACUUCCAACGAAACACUCCCCGGACCCCUUCCCUGGGCAAUGGCUAUGCCACCUCACCGGUCUAUUCGGCCAAAAGCUAA